ACACGGAAAGUGGGCGGAACUACGGAAGCCUACUCGUUGAAAACAUUACGGAAGACUUUGGCGCUAUACACCGGCAUGGUUGCAUUACUUAACAAGUUUGUUGGAUUAUUUAUUAUUACAGCGAUAACUAUUCGUGGCUAAUCGAUUUACGUACGUGCAAAAUUUCACUUUUGCGAAUCUACAGCAUUUUUUUUUAAUUUUGGAAACCACAGCGUAAUCUUUAACUCAAUGUAAGUGAUACCAACAAGGUCAUAAUCUGUCUGGGCAGUGGUUACGGAAUUAUACGUGCUCUUUAUAAUACUGAGCUUCUAUGAUGGCUGGACUAAUUAACUUUGAGGAUGAAAAAGAGGUAAAGCAGUUUUUAGACAAUUUAGGAGUGGAAUACAGCUUUCAGUGCUACAAAGAAAAGGACCCUGAAGGGUGUCAACGACUGGCUGAUUAUUUGGAAGGGGUGAAGAAAAAUUAUGAAGCUUCAGCACAAGUGCUUAAACACAACUGCGAAACUUAUGGGCAUGGGGAAAGUUGCUAUAAACUUGGAGCCUAUCAUGUCACAGGGAAAGGGGGCGUAGCUGAGUGUCUGAAAGCUGCCUACUCCUGUUUUCUGCGCUCCUGCAAUGCUGGAGGAAAGAAGUCUAUAGACGCCUGCCACAAUGUAGGUCUCCUAGCUCACGAUGGACGGGCCACGGAUGGAGAACCAGACGUGAAGGCUGCUCGACAGUAUUAUGAGAAAGCCUGUGCAGGUGGAUUUGCUCCUUCAUGCUUCAACCUCAGUGCUUUGUAUAUAACAGGCAAUCCAGGUGGUGUGGCCUCAGAUAUGUCACUAGCACUAAAGUAUGCCAACAGGGCUUGUGAACUGGGACAUGUCUACGGAUGUGCCAAUGCAAGUCGCAUGUACAAGCUUGGUGAUGGCACAGAAAAGGAUGAAAAGAAAGCAGAGGAACUGAAAAACCGAGCUAAGGAGCUUCAUGGUUUGGCGAAAGAACGGCAACUUAAAUUUGGAGAGUGAUUGUGAAACAGUUCAGUUUUGUCCUAAGAACAGCUCUGUGUAUUUUUAAACAUAUCAGACAUAAACACUGAAACAAAA